ACGUUUGCCGUAACGACAAUAUUUUUUAAAUUGUUUUGAAUUUUUUACCCAAAACCAAAGUUCGAUUAUAAUGUAUGAAUUGUAUUCGUUUUAAAUAAAACAUGGAAAGUUCAUUUUUUGAAUAUCGCGAUUCUACAAAAGUAGAAGGCGACUCUGAAACAGAAGUUAUUGACGAUAGUUUUGUAGGAGAUCAAUCUUUUAUAACUAAAAAGAAACUAGGUUUUAAGAAUCAAACGGUUUUCAUUUCAGAAUCUGAGGAAUCGGCGUCCGAAGAUGCAUCUGACGAAGACGAUAAUGCUAAAAAGUCCUCUUCAACAUCGACCAACAAUAUUAGCGAUGCAGCCCCCACCCUUAUAUCCAGCAGUGAGGAUGAAACAAGAAGAGAAAGCCCAAUGAGUUCCUCCGGCACAUCAAGAAAGUCUGACGAUAGUUCUUCUGAUGAAGAAAUGUCUCCUGAAAUUGUGCCACGACCUCGACCAAACACAAAAACGCCGCGCAGGUCUUCAGAUUCUUUUAUUGGUAGAAAGAAUAGAAAACGCAUAAUGAUUGUUGACUCUGACACGGACAACUCUAUUGUCAUAGAACAAAACAAGAACAAAAAGCUCGCCUGUCUGCAGCAAACACCUCUCAAGGUGAAGAGUAAUGUUUUAGCUAAUGCUAUAACUGACAAUUGUGAUAAUAUAGAUGUUACUCAUCUAAAUGAUACAAAUGAAAAGGAUAUUGAAAGUAGUGAUGAAGAAAAAGAUUGCCAGAAAGUGCACAAUGAUAAGUCUACUGAUGAAAUUAAUGACAAAGAAGAAACUAAUGACGAAGAUGAUGGUAUUGAUAAAGAAAUUACUAAAGAUUCUGACAACUCUAUGGGUGAAGAUAAAAGUGGUGAAGUGGAGAGUGACGAAUAUGAUGAUCAUAUGGUGAUGUCUCGCGCCACACGGAUGAGUAUCAUGGGUUUCGUGCCCAAGGAGACGGCGAGUGACGAAUCCGACUACAUACAGUCUGAUGAUAAUUCUUCGCGACCGGGCUCCUCUAACAGCUUGGGGGAGCUACCUGACUUCAGCGCCUCUCUUCGGAUGUCGCCUGAAAAAGCAAACGAUGCGAGAGAAGACAAAGAUACUUCUAGAUUAACUUGUUCACCUUUCACGAGUCCACUGAAAGAUGUCACCAAUGAAUUUAAUGAGUCAUUUAAAGACAAAUCAAACGGCAAAAGUAAAGUGGAGAACGAGAUAUGUGAUUUGACUCACAAGGAAGUGGAAGUGUACGACCUAACGGGCAGCAAACGCGCCUCCCUCAGGAACAAAGUGCUGAGCAGCAUACGGCGUGACAACUCCGGCUACAAGGAGAACGUCAUCAACGAUGACGUCACCAUCAUUGACCGCGAGCCAGAGGUCAUCGCCCUCAGCAGUGACGACGAGGAGCCGGUAAAGGAAGAGAAGAAAUCUCCGAGGGUGAAGAAGUCUCCGAGUAAGAGGAGUGAGAGUAAAAGCGAGAAGGUGAGCGGGGACAUGCGGCAGUACCUGCUCCCACCAAGCUACCCCAACCAGGUGGUGUACGUGAAGAAGCACGUGCGCGAGAACGAGCUGCAGAAGCUGACCGGCCUGCAGGAGGACCUCCACAACGUCAGGAACCUCCUGGAGAACAUGGACGUGGGCACUCUGCCCGACGGCGGCGUGCGCCUCAUCGAGCGGCUGACUGCGCUGGAGCAGGCCGUGCGCCUGCAGGGGGACAAGGUCGCCAACAUGCUGGUCGAACCCGAUGCUCCCACAGCAGAAGAUAUCGUCAAGGGCGGCUUCGACUCUGAGGACAAGGGGCUCUCCUGGGACGACAUCAAGAAAGCCAGCGAGGCCGUGCAGCCGAGGAUGUUUGGCAAACAAGCGAUGUCGACGCACAUGGCGGAGCGCGGCCUCAUCCUGGAGCGGCUGCGCGACCUGCACCAGGCCCUCGCCUCCCGCCCCCCCGAGCACCAGCUGGCGGACCCCCCGGCCGCCCUCGCCACCACGCUCAUGCCGCACCAGCUCCACGCCCUCACCUGGCUGCGCUGGCGCGAGACGCAGCGCCCCGCCGGCGGCAUUCUUGCGGACGACAUGGGGCUGGGCAAGACCAUCACCAUGAUCUCGCUGGUGGCCGGAGACAAGGAGGCGGACGACGACGGCGACGACGACAACGACGACGCCGGCCCCGGCGCCAAGCAGCUGGUGCGGGGCGGCACGCUGGUGGUGUGCCCGGCCUCCCUGGUGCAGCAGUGGGCGGAGGAGGCGGCCCGGCACUGCCGCCCGCACCGCCUCGGCGUCUGCAUGCACCACGGCGCCGCGCGCGCCACGCAGCCCCACCGCCUCGCGCACCACGACCUCGUCAUCACCACCUACAACAUACUGCUGCGCGAGGCCGAGAAGAACGGCGCGCUGAUGCGCGUGCAGUGGCGGCGCUGCAUCCUGGACGAGGCGCACGUGGUGCGCAACCACAAGAGCGCGACCGCGGCCGCCGUGCUGCCCGCCCGCCUGCGCGCGCGUCGCCGCUGGGCCCUCACCGGCACGCCGCUGCACAACAAGGACCUCGACCUGUUCGCGCUGCUGCGCUUCCUCGGCUGCUCGCCCUUCGACGAUCUCCAGAUGUGGAAGAAGUGGAUCGACAACAAGAGCCUGGGCGGGCAGGAGCGGCUGAGCACGAUCAUGCGCUGCAUCAUGCUGCGCCGCACCAAGCAGCAGCUGCAGGCGCGCGGCCAGCUCGCCUGCCUGCCCGCGCGCGACACGCACGACCUGGACGUGACGCUUUCGCGCGACGAGAUGAACGUCUACCAGAAGCUGCUCGUGCUCUCCAAGACGCUGUUCGCGCAGUUUCUGCAGCAGCGCGCCGAGCAGCGCCACGACCAGCUCGGCGACCGCGGCGCCUACCACGCCAUGCACCGCCGCAUGGUCAAGCUGCAAGGCGUGAAGCCGGUGAAGUCGCACGAGAUCCUGGUGCUGCUGCUGCGUCUGCGCCAGGUCUGCUGCCACUGCGGCCUCAUCGCCGCCAUGCUGCGAGACGACGACUCCGCACACCCCACAGACCCCGCGCCCGACCCCGCGUCCGACCCCGCGGAGCAGGAUCUGCUCGACGAACUCAACAAGCUCGUGCUCGAGGAUACCACCCCUAAGAGAAAAAGCAAGGGCGGCGCGGCGGGGGGCGAGGACGCGGAGGAGGGCGAGGGUGAGGGCGAGGAGGGCAGCACCACGGCGGAGGCGCUGCGCUCGGUGCUGGCAGCUAACAACCCCGUGUUCGCGCUCGACAGGCCCUCCUCCAAGAUCGCCGCAGUGAUGGCCUGCCUGAACGAGCACGUGUUUCCCAACGAAGGCGAGAAGGCGGUGGUGGUGUCGCAGUGGACGGGCGUGCUGGCGCUGGUGGAGCGCGAGCUGGGGCGUGCGGGCGUGCGCUGCGUGACGCUGAGCGGGGCGGUGGGUGUGGGCGCGCGGCCGGCGCUGGUGCGCGCGCUGAACGAGGCCGGGUCGCCGGUGCGCGUGAUGCUGCUGUCGCUGACGGCGGGCGGCGUGGGGCUGAACCUGUGCGGCGCCAGCCACCUGCUGCUGCUGGACCCGCACUGGAACCCGCAGCUGGAGCAGCAGGCGCAGGACCGCGUGUACCGCGUGGGGCAGACGCGCCACGUGCACGUGUACCGCUUCAUGUGCCGCGACACCGUGGAGCAGUCCAUCCGCCGCCUGCAGCGCGACAAGCUGGCGCUGGCCGACAGCGUGCUCACCGGCGCGCGCUCCACCAACCACGCCAAGCUCUCCAUCGAGGACCUCAAGGUGCUCUUCAACAUGGCCUCCUAGCUCCUCCUAGCUCCUCCUUGUGUAUACUGGUUCCGAUGUCCGUUUUCAUUACUGUGCUUUGCUGGACUGGAGUGUUGACUUUGAAUCAAGAAGUAAAAUUAUAGCAUUAUGUGAUAAUUAUAUUGUAUUAAAUGUUGACUAAACUUGUCUCUCGUGUUGUACUUCUACCUUACAUAAACUUAUAUAUAUUUAAAUGUGACAAAUGUAAAUAAUCAAUUUUAUAAUAUAAUAUCUAUCUCAUUUGCAUUAAAACCGGUUGCUGAUACAUCCACUGUCGGUUUCACCAAUAAUUACAAAGACUUUUGUGUUAUAUUAUAAGUAACAGAUUGAAGACAACAUAUUAUUUUUAUUGAGUGUGACACAAAUUAAGA